AUGCCCGCGGUACCAAAAGACCAUUAUCUCUGGACUGUCAUCGUCCGAGGAAGAGAUGGCCCUGCGAACAGCGCGAAAGCAGCGGAGGUCAGGGCCCUAGUCGCGGCAACUGCGGGAUGCACCAUCGUCAAAGACUUCCACCCUAUGGAGGGUCAUGGCUUCAUCUACCACAUGGCCAAUACUGUUGAGUCAAACCCACUUCAAGAGUCUGAAGAGUCCAUGAAGGAAGGGAUCGUAGACGUUUCACAGGUCGAGGAGGGCGCCGAAAUUCCUUACAUUGCUGCGGACCUGGAACAUAGCGACCCUGACUAA